AUGACGACUUCGUCCAGUAUGUAUAUGGAAACGGUUUCAUUAAACGAUGAUGCGCCUGCUGUGUCGGCUACAUCUCCAAGCUCUACAGUUUUGAAUAUGGACUCACUCGGAUCUCACUUUGUGCAGCCAGCGGUUCAUAAGACACCAACAGACGCUCACGAAGUGUCUGUACUCGUGAUUAACAACGACAGUGACCAUGAAACUCGGAAUGUACCCUCACCAGCGUCUUUAAGUGGCGAGCAAGUUAGUAGAAACGAAGCGGUGGUGGUGGAUGUCCAUAAAGAAAAAGGAAAUUCCUUCAAUGGCAAACGGAAGAACGUAUUACCGCCGUUGCGUGUUACGCAAAAGUUGCCUGUCGAGGAAAAGGAUUACGUAGACCCCUCGCUAUUCUCUCCUGAAGUAUCCAGACACGCCAUGGAAGUUGCACAUCGUCGUGCAAAAGCCAUUGCGACAGAAGUAAGAGAGAUGAAUGAAUUAGAAAGAGAAAUGACAAGCCCAAUAAAAUCGAAAAUGUCUCCUGCGGAGGCUGUGGGAAUCAUUGGCGGGGCGUUUGUAAGCUCGUUACAACGCGCUACAAAUCUUGUCAAGUCUGAAACAAAGGAGUAUGAUCUUUUAUCGGGCACAUCUCCGUUAUCCAACAUGUCGAAUUUGGAUGAUCUUGAUACAGAUGGAGACGGACUACAACUCUCACCUGAUGCAAUACAGAAUGAUGGCAAAAAUUUUCGUGCACCAAAAUUACGGCCGGCACUCAAGCGUGUUUCUGCAUUAAGUGCAGCUGUCGCAAUUGACUGCGAGACGUUUAAUUCUCAACACCAAAAGAAGGGGGUUCAAUGGCACGAGGACGUUUUGGAUGGAGAUGAAGAAUUUUAUGACGACAUUUGCGAUGAACAGGAAACACACUUGCUCAUGCUUGCAGACGGAGAUAGCAAUAGUGGAAGUCCUCGAUCGAAAUUAUUGAAUUUUAGGAGCAAAAGUGAUGGUCAGUUGACGCCACGAAGCAGAAAAAAACGUAAGAAACUUGUUCGAUCUAUGAUGCGACGGCUUACACCACAUGAGAAAGAGGAGCUAUAUCGACAACGACCAGAUUUGAUGAUUGUACCAAAUUGGGCACAAAAGUAUCGAGAGGAACUUGCAGGUGAAGAUUCAAGUCGCUGGAAUGCCUGGCUACUUGCAAUAAUUCUGGUUUUUGUCGUGCUGUUACUGGUUUUUGUUCUUCUCAUUGCGCGACAGCAUGCAACAGCUUCUGUGCAAUGA